GUACGUCAUCAGUUUGCGCGACGGCCCGCCACCCGGCGGUUCGGGUCGCUUCGAGAGCCGCAGGUUGGGUAGUGCGGGUCGCGUCGAGGGCUGCGGAGAGGGUGCGUGGCUGUGGGGCGUGAUGGGGGAGGCAGCCGUGGCCGCGGGGCCUUGUCCACUGCGCGAGGACAGCUUCACGCGCUUCUCGUCGCAGAGCAAUGUGUAUGGGCUGGCAGGUGGUGCCGGCGGGCGCGGGGAGCUGCUGGCCGCCACCCUUAAAGGCAAGGUGCUCGGCUUCCGCUACCAAGACCUCCGACAGAAAAUCCGGCCAGUGGCCAAGGAGCUGCAGUUCAACUACAUCCCCGUGGACGCGGAGAUUGUCUCCAUCGACACCUUCAACAAGUCACCCCCCAAGCGGGGUCUGGUUGUAGGGAUCACGUUCAUCAAGGAUUCAGGGGACAAGGGCAGCCCCUUCCUGAACAUUUACUGCGACUAUGAACCCGGCUCUGAAUACAACCUGGACUCCAUUGCCCAGAGCUGCCUGAAUCUGGAGCUCCAGUUCACUCCGUUCCAGCUGUGCCACGCGGAAGUCCAGGUUGGGGAUCAACUGGAGACCGUGUUUCUCUUGAGUGGGAACGACCUGGCCAUUCAUCUCUACAAGGAGAACGAAGGUCUGCAUCAGUUUGAGGAACAGCCCGUGGAAAACCUCUUCCCAGAGCUGACGAACCUGACCAGUAGCGUCCUCUGGCUAGACGUCCACAACCUCCCCGGCACGUCCCGGCGCCUCUCAGCUCUGGGCUGUCAGAGUGGUUAUGUCCGUGUCGCCCACGUCGACCAGCUGAGUCGAGAGGUUCUGCAGACGUGGUCGGUCCUGCAGGACGGCCCCAUCUCCCGAGUGAUCGUGUUCAGCCUCUCGGCCCCCAAGGAGACCAAGGACAGGCCACCACAAGAUGAAUACAGCGUGCUCGUGGCCAGCAUGUUGGAGCCAGCCGUGGUGUACCGGGACCUGCUGAACCGGGGCCUGGAAGACCAGCUUCUCCUGCCCGGCAGUGACCAAUUUGACAGCGUCCUCUGUGGCCUGGUCACCGAUGUGGAUUUGGAUGGGCAGCCAGAAGUCCUGGUGGCCACCUACGGACAGGAACUGCUGUGUUAUAAGUACCAGGGGCUGGAGUCGGGGCUCCCUGGGGCCCAGCGUGGGUUCCGCCUGCUGUGGCAGCGGAGCUUCUCCAGUCCCCUGCUGGCCAUGGCUCACCUGGACCUGACCGGGGACGGGCUGCAGGAGCUGGCUGUGGUCUCCCUGAAGGGCGUGCAUAUCCUGCAGCACAGCCUGCUCCAGGCCUCGGAGCUGGUCUUGACCCGGCUUCGACAUCAAGUGGAGCAGAGGAGACGUCGGCUACAGGGGUUGGAGGAUUCAGGCUCUUAAGCACCCACUCACCCACUCUUCCCACACCUGAGGUGACUCACACGUCCCCACAUCCAGCUGCCGCUGGGGGGUGUCCUGAAAGGCUGGGUGCUCUCCCCAGACCUCCCCAGGGUGGUGAAUUUGUGCCCUGGGACCCCCGCUAACCCACUUCUCUCUCUGUGCCUCAAUAUCCCUAUUUGAAAGCAGGGAUGACCCCAUCCCACCCCGUCCACUCCGGAUGAGAAUUUGCUACUUAAUGGUUAUUUACACAUUGAGAAGAACAU